GUGUUAUUUCCUGCUAUUAAUCAUUUCACUCUUUUGGAGCGGCGAAAGGAUAUUUUAGUGCAUCAUUGAUUCAUUCUUAUCCUGGAGAUCCUUUAGUGAUUCUCUGUAGUCUGUACUGUUCACUUUUUCAGGGGGAAUAAAGAGGGGGGAGAAUGGGCGUUCUGGAUCAUGUUUCUGAUCUCUUCGAUUGCUCCGGCGACGGUCCGAAGCACAAACGUAAGCAGUUACAGACAGUUGAGCUGAAGGUCAGAAUAGACUGUGAAGGAUGUGAGCACAAAGUGAAGAGAGCCUUGGAAGGUAUGAAAGGGGUGAAGGAAGUAGAAGUGGAGCGCAAGGCUAACAAAGUGACGGUGGUUGGUUACGUGGAGCCGUCGAAGGUGGUUGCGCGCGUCCAGCAUCGGACGGGGAAGAAGGCGGAGUUAUGGCCCUACGUUCCUUACGACGAGGUGGCCCACCCAUACGUCCCUGGGGUUUAUGACAGGAAGGCACCUGCUGGGUACGUCCGAAAUGCUUCCUUUGAUCCACAAGUGUCGCAGCUCGCACGGGCUAGCUCAACCGAAGUGAGAUACACAACCGCCUUCAGUGACGAAAAUGCCAAUGCCUGUGCUAUUAUGUGAUGAUCAUCAGUGUUUCUUUUAUUGAAGAUGGUACUGUAUUGUAUUGUAUUGAAUCUAUGUUGUUGUACUAGUUUAAACUUGUGAUAAUAUUCCGUGGAGAAUAGUAGUUUGUUGUAAUCUGCUUCAAGUUUUGAUUUGUGCCAGUGUCAAGAUUUAUUUACAAUAUUAAGCAACUCUUAAUUAAGUUUUUUCUAAUAU